AUGUGAGUCAGCGCGGGGCCGCGCUGGGGCCGAGGCGAGAGGUUACCGUAUUUACCGAGGCCAGAGCCGGACCCCUCGAGGGCGGGUCACUGCGGGCGCGCUACCGUAUUUGCUGGGUCCCGCGCAGGUCCUUUCCGAGAGUGGGAGCGCCGCGACUUAAUUACGUAUUUAUCCAGGGUUGCGUGGUUCCGCGGGGGGCGCUGCGGGCACUGGGGGUGGGCUGCAUUCAUUCCCUCCGGGAGCUGGGGCUUGCAGUCGGGCGGGGUGGGUUGCGGCAGCAGGGUGGAGGCCUACGUAUUUUCGUGGGGGUGGGGUUGCGACGCAGAGUUUACCAUAUUUCUCCAGGGUUGCUCAGGCCGCAGAAGUUGGCAAGGUUGUGUGUGAGGUCGGGUGGGGUGGGGUCAGCUCUCCCGAUUAAUGCAGCUAUUUGAUAACAGCAACGUCGCGGGAGGCUUGCUGUCUUUAUGGGGGCGGGGAGAAGGGGCACGGGAGUCGCUGCGGGAGAGUUACCGUAUUUGCGUUGAGCAGCACAGACUGUAGAGAAAAGAGCUGCGGCCGGAGACCGGAGGAGCAGGGGCUCAGCUGGGCUGGACUGGUGAUUGCAGCUGGAAGUGCCCAUGACCGAGCUGGCGUCCUCCGGGGGCGGGUCCCCUGCGGGGGACGGGGAGGAGGGUCUGGGGGACGAUCGAGGCCUGGUCAUCCACCACCCUGCGGAGGAGCAGCCGUACCGCUGCCCGCUGUGCGGCCAGACCUUCUCGCAGCAGCCCAGCCUGGUGCGGCACCAGAAGGCACACGCCGGGUCGGGCCGCGCGGCUGCCUUCGUGUGCCCCGAGUGCGGCAAGGCCUUCAGCGUCAAGCACAACCUCGAGGUGCACCAGCGCACGCACACCGGGGAGCGGCCCUUCCCCUGCCCCGAGUGCGGCCGCUGCUUCAGCCUCAAGCAGAACCUGCUCACGCACCAGCGUAUCCACAGCGGCGAGAAGCCGCACCAGUGCGCGCAGUGUGGCCGCUGCUUCCGCGAGUCGCGCUUCCUGCUCAACCACCAGCGCACCCACGCGCGCAUGCCCGCGCCCCACCCGCGCCGCCCCGGCGUUUUCGGGGAGCGGCGGCCCUACUUCUGCCCCCGCUGCGGCAAGAGCUUCGCACGCGAGGGCUCGCUCAAGACCCAUCAGCGCAGCCACGGCCACGGGCCCGAGGGCCAGGCGGCCCACUUAGGACGCGUGCUAUGAUGCGCCCGGGGCCUGCUGCAGACUGCUGCUUCCUGCCCCGCACGUGCGUCCCCGACCCCUGGAGAUGGCCCUGGGCCGCAGCUCCCUUUCUGGAUGGGAUCCCGGGAGAGGGGCAGCGCUGGCUUGGGCUCCUGAAGGUGUGGGCCGCCGCCAGGCUCCGGCUGCCCCCUUGCGUUCCUCCCUCGGGACCGUCUGGCUGGCUGCGCACAGCUGCUUCGGGCUCCUGCCAUGGUUCUCCUUCUCUGGCCCAUCCGGCCUAG